AUGGAUACAGAAACAAGGGUCCAGCUGUGGCUAAACGCACAUCCUGAACAGAAUUAUGGUGUUGCGAUGAUCAAAAAGACCGUGCCUGCUGCCAAACCACAACCAACAUGUACCUGUGGGCUAGACUCAGCAUCCGAGCAGCUGCCAGUUUCGCGCAACGUCGUUGACAAACCGGGCAACGUUAUCGACCAUGAUUAUCCAAUAGACGCAGAGUUCUUGGAGAUAAUUGUUCACCACAUCUUUUCACAUUCCAUAUUUCGACCGGUUCGAAAUAUUCUCAUACGCUAUCUUCGGAACCAGACCGCCACCAAGCCAAUUUGUUUGAAUCCUUUACUCGAUGUUGUUAUGGACUUGCCCUCGAUGCUCUUCAGCACUCUACCACUCUUAAUUUCGAUUUGGGCUUUGACCAGCUAUUGUUGGAUGCCACUUUGUGGGCUAAUGAUUUGGGAGCGUACCGGAUCUGAUGUCAUAUACGGGUUCCUGUGCCAUAUAUUAAAGGGACUCGAAUGGAUGACAGGUCUCAUGAAAGGAAUAUGCAACAUCGCCACCACGAUGAAUCAUUUCGCUGUUAUAUCAACAGGAGCUCGGCGAGUGCUGCCGUGGGCAGAUGGUCAAAUGAAUGACGAGGGAGCGCUGGGAAGUCUUCUAUACCCUCAUUGCGGGAGUUCCUAG